GAGUUAGCAAUCAUUCAUUCCUUGGGCCAGCGUUCAUAGGCGGCCAGUCGCUAUCCUGUUCCUCCCCGUCCUAGUCAUGGCGUCAGGCGGUAGACGGCCACGAGGGGGGCAGCUCCCUCCAUUCGAGCCAGUGCUUGCGCACAAGCAAGCAGAUCUGAGGCGAACACAUGUGGUGUGGGAGUGGGCGGAAAGGGGGCAGGAAUGGGGGGUGGCGGGCGGAGGCAACUUCCUUCUGCGCUGCCGACUGUGUGGGGAGGUGUUCACGGGUUCGAGGUCCAGAGCAGUGGAGCACUUCACGAAACCGAAGGCACACUGCCCCCGACGGAAUGGGGAGAUUUUGUAUAGACUGCAAGCGGUUGGUGCUUUGUUGAGGGAUGCAUUGUCACUCAGGCUGGCUGCUGAGCACGCAGACAGGAUGGAUGGAGAGCUUGCCACCGAGGACUUGCGUGAGUUGGACGAGCCAUGUGACCUGGUGCCGGAUCGUGCAGGAGGAGUUGGAGACGGUGAUCGUGGUGAGGGUGGUACACAGCAGGGGCAGGAUGCCGGGACUGUGAGAGAUGAGUUGCAGGGCGUUGAAGGUGCAGGAGAUGGUGGAGGGGAUGGAGGGGGAGCUCGGGUUACUGGCACGACGGCCACCACCUCCACACAGGUGGUGCCGAGGAGGAGACAGACGACCCUAGAUGUUCAUCUAGGGAACAAGGUCCAACACGACUUGAUCGUCUCAGCAGGACAGUCCGGACCCAUCCUCAUCCGGACCAUCGUCAUGUCGCAUCGGGAGAAGACGCGAGUCGGCCUGGCAGAGAUUUGGGAGGGAGUCAUCAGAGAUGACAUUGGCAUUGACAAUGUGAAUGCCAUCUGCACCGACAACGCAGAAGUGAUGAAGACAGCAACUGGCAUCUUGCAGUCACACCCCGGGUGCGCACAAGUUAGUCAAGUUCAUGCGCAACAAACAACGAGCCCUGGCACUUCACAAGACCAUAAGAAGAACGCGCUAGUACUGAAGCGACCAGCGGAGACGCGUUUUGGGACAACGUUCAUGAUGCUGGAGAGGCUAUAUGAGCAGAGGGGUGUGUUAGACAAGCUCGUGUCAGGGGAGUUGUGGGCGCAGGUGCAGUGGACUGGGGAUGCGAGGAGGGAUGAGCUCGAGGUGCGUAGGAUGUGCAAAGACGAUUCUUGGUGGGGGAGGGUGAAGAUGGUCGUGGACGUCAUGGCCCCGUGCUUCAGGUUCCUCAGGGACAUGGACAGGGAUGGGUCAUCACCCACAGGAUUGUGGGAUUUGGAGAGCAUAUUGCGGUGGAGGGUCAAGGCUCUUGGACUGACGGAGGAUGAGAGGAGGGCGGUCAUGGAUAUCAUAUCCGACAGAUGCAGGAUGAUGCGUCAGCCUGCCCAUGCGGCUGCGUAUCUGUUGGAUCCUCGCCGUCGUGAUAUCUCUUUGCUGGUGGACCGCAGCAGCUCCCUCGUGCAGAGCGCGCUAGACCACUUGGCUCACUUUCAGGGUGCGGGUUGGGAGUCUGAUUUUGUGCAUAACCUUUGGCAGGCAUUGUGGACUUUCCAUUGCAAUGACCCUCGCUAUUUGCCGAAGAGUGGAGCGCACUGGUGGGACGAGUUUGCGGUGAAGGACUCGGCGGAGGGGGGAAUGCAUACAGCGAUGUGGUGGGAGCUUCACGGUGGCCAGCAGCCGAGACCGCAGACGAUUGGGAAGAAGCUCCUCAGUGCCAGCAGGAGGACGAACAGCGGGUACAUUUAUGUGUGGGAGGACCAGGUGGAGGACCCCGCGGAGGAGAUCGAUGGUGACGACCGUGUCCCCGCAGCGGUGCCAGAGGAGGAGUGGGAGGAGAUCGACAGGAGGAACAGGAGGAAGGAGGGGCGUAAUCGAUUUGGGAAGGGGAAGGCACCGAUGGAGGAUGAGGAUGAGGAUGAGGAGGGUGAUGAGGCACUUUGGCAGGAUGCGGUGUGGAUGCACAGAGAGAUGAUGGAGGCGCAGCACGAGCAGAGAGAUGUAGGCCGUACGUUGCCUGAGGACCAGCAUGAAUUAUUGGACGCGUGGGGUGGAGUGGACCAGGGAUACCGUGAGGAGUCUAUGGGGGAGGGUUGGGGUCGGGUAGAUUUGGAGGAGCUUUUGACCAGGGAUAGCGAGGCAGGCAGCACAGAGGUGGGGCAGGAGGAGGAGAGAAGUCAGCACGUUCCACAUUCGUCGACUGCCGGAGAGGGAGGUCAUACUGGGGGUGUUUCAGUUGAUGCACGUACGUCGGCUCCUGCAGCAACCCAUCAUGCUGCUGAGAGGAUUCUGCGAGGGGCAGAGGCGGACCCAUUACCAGCGUUUGUCGCAAAGCUUGGUGUGGAGCAGAGGGUGGAGCAGAGGGUGGAGCAGAGGGUAGAUGGGAUGGUGCAGGACAGGGCGGAGCAGAGGGCUGACCAGAGGAUUGAACACCGGAGAGAGCGGAGGGAUGGACACAACUUGGAGGUUCAGGUGGACGUUACCAUGGACGAGAGCGUAGUUCGACAAACGGAGGACAGGGGCAGCGAGAGGAGGGGUGUGGCAUCUACACGCGAGAGUAUAAUCCAGGUGUUCCCUGGCAGUGCCCUACACCACCCCCCGUCGGUGACUUUACGUCGCCCGGUUGCGCACGCGAGUGGAGCAUCCACUUCGUCAGCGGCGGCUGCCCCACCUGUGCGUAGUCCAUUAGGCAUGCCACCGUUCCCUGCAGGACUUCCAUCACCCAUUGUUGAUGAUGUGAAGACAAGUCGUGCAGGCAGGAAGAGGAGGAGGGAGGAUGACGGAGGCGCAUUACCACCUCCUCCACGACCGCAGGGUGGCACUCGUGGUCGCCCGCGAGGCUCAGGUUCAGGCAGGGGUCGAGGCAGGGGUCGAGAUUCAUGGGCGAUGAGUUCAAUGGGGGCAGACGACGCGGGUGAGGACGAUGUUGGGCAGCGCACCACUGCAUGCACUGAUUUGACGGUGGGUGUUCGCACGAGGUCUCAGGCCUCGAUUGGAGUUCGCAGUACGAAAUCCGGUCGUAUCAUUGACGACGAUUCAUAUGCCGCCUCAAGUGAUGGCCUUUCUGGUAGUGACUACGUGGAUGAGAGGGAUAGUGAGACUCGUGCCCGGGGAGAGGAUGAGAGUGGACAUGACGAUAGCUCAGACUGGUAUUGGGCACGAGGACAACUAGAAGGAUGUUCACUAAUGCGUUGAGGGAUGUGUUCUGUCAUCGGUGGUUCUAUCAUGGAGGAACUUGGGCAUUGAUGUUGCAAUUUCGUGU